AUCGUUGUGUUUGUUUUGGUUUUUUUUUUCUUCCCUUUUCCGGUUGUUUGGGCGCGGAAAGACAGAGGCGCGCUUUCUGAGGCCCGGAAUAAACUGCGGGCAAGCGCUGGAGCGACCGAUGGAUCCGGAAGGGGCUGGAUUUUGAUCUGAGCUCAGGCGUUUGUGUCAGUCAAUACUGAUAAUUUUGAUGACGACAAUUUAAAAUAAAUUAUUAAUCAACUUCAUACACCGUGCAACACCAGCAACGAACCCUAAGAGUAUGUAUCAUUGUAAUUGUACUGCUUAAAUCAAAAUGCCUGGUAAAGCAAAUGCCUCUAAGAGAAAAUCUCAACAGUUAAAGAGAAAUUCAAAACAAAGAGUUGAUGAGGAAGCAUAUUUGCCGGAGAAUGAGGUUGGCAACACAGCGAAGAGAAACAAAAGUCAUGCGGGGCAUCUGUCCUCUAAAGUAACAGGACAAGCAAAGUCUAUUAACCUAAAACGGAUAACAGUAGCAUCCAACAAGAGAACAAACUGGCAGCCUCUUCCAAAGACUACUGAAGAGUAUUUGCAGAGUAUGAUGGAAUCAGUAAUUCUAGAAAUUUUAAACAAAAACAUUAAAGGCAAAGAACAAAUUCAGUAUCAUCUCAACGACUUAAAGAAAAGAUUACUACAACAGUGUGGAACACUGAAAGUCCCUCCCAGACAGCUGAACUACUUAGCAGAUGUGUCAAAUCUGCUGAAACUGGAAAAGGCACAGGAAAGAACUAACGAAGAGGGCCUGGCUUUACUGCAGGAAGAAAUAGACAAAAUAGUGGAGACCACAGAGUCAAUGACUGAGAGAAUUCAGAGCCUGAAGCACAGAAUUCAGAUUCUGACGAAUGAGGUAGAGGAGGAGGAACAGCAGGUGAAGCAGAAAUUUCACGUGGAUAGUAAUAAGGUACUGUCUCUUCCAGAACUUCCUCAGAAAAGUCUUAAAGCACCUAUACUUCAAAAAGAAAUUUUGGCACUAAUUCCAAACCAGAAUGCUCUUCUGAAGGACUUGGAUGUCCUUCAUAAUUCAGCCUCAGUGAAGACCAUGUCAGCAUUCAUUCAAGAAGCCUAUAAGAAACUUGAUGACUCUUAAAGAGUUGGUUUUUGUUUUUGUUUUUAAGCAUUGUUCCAUACUAACUUAUUGUUUAUGAACUGUAAAACUUUCCUCUUUGUGUAGCCUGGGCUGGCCCUGUAUCACCCAUCCUGCCUUGAACUCACAGAAUUCCUGCUUUAGCAUCUGAGGGCUGGAUUCCAUGUGUGAGGUGCACAUCUGGCCCAAAGUUGUACGACUUAACAAAGCUGAUGCUUCUGCAGAACAGUCACCCUGUUCUGCAGGGCUUAAAAAUAGCCUUUGUGAGCCUGUCAUUAGUUUCUAAUGUUCUAAAAAAUAGUGUAUAGCAGUUGCUAAGUCUAGCAGAUGCAUAUAUGCUAUAUCUAUAGUUAUUUGCUAAAACUGUAUACUACGAAUGAUUUUUAAAAUUAAAUAAAAAUGUCAUGUAACAGUU